AGUAAAGGGACAACAUGGCCUGACUGUGCUGUAUUUGUGGAGGUUUGGGGAGAGGUGCGGUCUGAGCAGCUCAGGAUGCAGCGGCCACUGAGUCAGCAGCAGAGUGCAUUGACCCUACACGACUCUGUGGGAUUGUUCAAUAAAAGGAAGAAAGCUUCUCUCCUGGUGAGCGGUGCCCUUCUUGUAGCCUCAUUGUUGAUUCUAACUGUCGGCUUGGCAGCCACUACAAGAACUCUGAACGUUUCAGUUGGAGGCUAUUACCCGGGCGUCAUUCUUGGCUUCGGAUCAUUUCUUGGACUGAUUGGUGCAAAUCUGCUUGAAAAUAAAAGACAGAUGCUGGUGGCCUCGAUCGUGUUCAUCAGUUUUGGCGUUGUGGCGUCUUUCUGUUGUGCCAUUGUUGAUGGUGUAUUUGCUGCCAGACAUAUUGAUAUCAAACCCUUCCAUGCAGGGAGAUGUCAGUAUUAUUCCAGUGAUAACUCAUAUCCUUCAGAUGACUACAGUGCAGAGUUUGGUUCCUACCCUUCAUUUCCGUCUAACUCCAUAUCUCUGCCGCUGGCUGAAGAACAGACAAGAUGCCCCUACAGUGCCUCGUUUUGGAAAGGCCUGUCACAUCAUAUGCCAUUUCAGGUGACGUGCCCGAGUCAGUCGCGUGCUCCCUGCAUACUGAAAAUAAAGAGCAAUACCUGUUACUGUUGUGACCUUUAUAAAUGCGGCAGCCGAGAAACAUUGGGUGGCUACUACGAAUAUAACGAUGUCGGGAGCUGCCAAGAGGUUAUCCACCUGUACCACUUGCUGUGGUCAUCAACAAUCCUCAACAUUGUCGGCUUGUUUCUUGGGAUUAUCACAGCAGCAGUCCUUGGAUCCUUUAAAGAUAUGCAGACACCAACUGCUUCUCAGAUCACCUAUGCACCUGAGCCUCCAACUCCACCCAUAAUGUAUGAUCCUGGACAGCAGGUACUAGCCUACACAAACUUCUAUUCUGGGCCUCCACAUCUGCCACCUUACAGUCCAUAUGAUAUUCAGCAUCCCAGCAUAUUCUCAGCCUCCACGCCAUCUGAUGAUUCACAGUCUAUUUCACAGUCUGCUUCAAGUUACAUGUGGCCGCCAAACACUCCUCCUCGCUACUCGCCAGCAUACUUCCCACCCGAUGAAAAGCCACCACCCUACACACCGUAGAUCUCUCCUUAUUUUCGUCAUCAUUACAGACUUUGAUCCUUUUGAAGACCUUCAUGGCAAAGGCAUCGUCCACACAGAUCACUUCGUGACCUCUAUGUGCAUACUUUUACACAGUGAUGUGUUUAUAGAAACUCUUCUGUUAAAACAAAGCCAUAAACAUAUCAUUCUGCUACUUGUUAAGGGUAUGUUAAUCCUAAUUUGUUGGAAAAUGAUGCUCUUAUACUUUAGAGUGUAAUUAAAAGAAAUCAGAAAUUUGGAAAGCUAUACCAUUCGCACUAUCAGAUCAACCAUGAUCAAAUUAAAUGGCCGAACAGAAGUAAGGGGCUGAAUGGUCUACACUUGUUCCUAUAUUCCAGUAUUGAUAAUUUAUCAAUUAAGCUGUGCAAAUAUAUAAUUUAAAAGUAAAAGAUCAAUUUUA